GAUAGGGCGGCUGUGAACACAUGUGUAUUGGAAAUGCUGCAAAAUGAGUUGGAUAUGAAGCUGAUUCAGCUCAACUGCAACAUACACCCGUUAGACGCAGUGGGAUCAAAAGCCAGGGAGUGUCUAGCCAGUUUAGACAGAAAGAUAAAGUUGACAUCUGCUUCAGGGAAAAGUGUCGCAGCUGCAGUGGGUGUAAUAAUGAAUGUUUCAAUGCUCAGAUACAGCCAGCAUGGGAAACCUGCAGCAUUCAAAAUCUACCUGAAAAGGAAUAAAGUAGCUGCUGGAACCUUUGUCCGCUAUGUUGGGAACAGACUGCAUGUGAUGUUCCACAUGGCUAGCGUCAUCGUCCAUCAUAAAAAACUACUACUGGAUUUUGUGACUAGCUAUGGUAAUAACAACAUAUGCACACGAUUGAAGAAGGAUCUGAACCUCAGUCAAGUUCUGGUAGAGCUGCAAGCCCUUGGACUCAUUGGAAAGCUGAUCACCGGACCUUGGAUGAGGCUCAUUUACAAGAAUGCAGUUAAUAUGUCUAAUCUUAGUUUUGCACCUUUGUUCCAGAAGGCUAAACAGGAGAUUAGCAGACUGAAGAAUAAUCCUCGAAAUGUGUUAUCAGUUGACUGUGAUGUAUUUGGUCAGCAUCUAGAGGUCGACAAAACCUUGAUUGCUCUUCGUAAGGUGCAAAAUAAGCUAUUGUUUAUGAAGGUGAUGAAGGCUUUGUUAACUUCUACAGAGGCUGUCCUAGUACGCCAGUUGGACAGGUAUCUGGUUGGAGAUCUGUCUAGCCCCAGUAAUGACAUGUUGGCUGCCACCAGCUCUGCACCACCCAACAAUAUCUUUUCAGAAAGGUGUCUUGGCAUGGCAGACUUCCUUAUUCGGCGUACCCCGAAUGUGUCAGUUGGUUUUCUGGAUUCAAAAUUAAAAGCAGUCACAAAUCACACCAUGGACUGGCUGGACAAAAAACCCAUGCAAGAGCAGGUGAAUCUGGUGACCUUCGCGAUGCAGAGGGGUGCCCUGAUAAGGAAAGCCUGCAAUCUGUUACAGCAUGAAAUAGACUCAGACAUUUUAUCUCGAAUGAAGCAGAUGAAGAGAAAGUUGGAGGCUACGGAGCGCAGAGAGACUGAAAAGUCCAUCUAUGAUGUGUUGUCUGGAUCGAAUGUCUCAGUAAACCAUCCUCUAUUUCGUGGUGUUGACAGAAAGCAGAAACCAUUUUUGUCAAGAAUUUUGGGUGGUGAAGAUCUGCUUGGUGUCCAGCUGACUCACAAGUGGGAGCUAGAUGAUCAGAAAGUGCAUCGCUAUUAUGGGAGGAUUAUUAACAGAGUACCAGCUAAAAAGAACAAAUCUGCUGUCUACACUGUGAGCUACUGGGCACAGGAUGAGGAUGAAGCUGAGGACUUUUGCCUAUCUGCUGAGUCACUAAUAGCUGACUUGAUUAGUAGGGAUCUCUGCUUCACAUCCUAAUCUGCUGUUAAACCUUGAACAGCAGGAUUUUUAACAAUUUU